CAGGACAGGCUAUUGGAGUGACUGGUCAAUUCCAAUACUCAUCACGACCGCGGCUGCCUUUUCCUACGUUACUUUUUUACUGAUUCUAGCACUGUGUCACACAGCAGUGGGACAACAGAUGAACCUGCACUGGCUGCACAAGUUUGCAGUGACAGUCACACUGGUAGUUACUGUGAUCUCAGUGAUCUCUAUGGAGCAGCUCUGGGGAGAGGAAUGGGACAUUCUGCUUCUCUCAUUCCAGGCUACAGGUCCAUUCUUGCACUUAGGAGCUCUAGCAGCCAUUACCCUGCUGGCCUGGCUUGUAGCUGGGCAGUUUGCACGAGCAGAAAAAAACAGUUUCCAGGCUGUUUUACUCCUCACAUAUCUGACAGUUUUAACAGCACUUUACCUGGUUCCUCUGUCGAUCACCUCACCAUGUUUAAUGGAGAAGAGCAACCUUGGACCAAAACCAGCCAUCAUCGGCCAUCAGGGCGCCCCAAUGGUACGCAGUGUCCCUGAACUGUGCAGACAAGCCCCAAUGCUGGCUCCAGAAAACACUCUGAUGUCGUUCCAGAAGGCUAUAGAACAGGCGGCCAGUGGGCUUUACACUGACGUCACAAUCAGCCACGAUGGAGUCCCCUUCCUAAUGCACGACAACACUCUGCGCAGGACAACGGACGUGGAGAAGCUGUUUCCAGAGAGAGUGGGUCAGGACUCCUCCAUGUUCAACUGGACUGAUCUGCAGGCACUCAACGCAGGGCAGUGGUUCCUCAAGGAUGACCCGUUCUGGACUGUAUCGUCGCUCUCGGAGGCGGAUUGGGCCCUCGCUGGAAACCAGUCUGUUUGCACCCUGAGUGAAGUACUGCAGCUGGCAGAGAAUAGCAGCAAAUCCAUCCUGUUCAACGUGAGGAGGCCUCCCCCAGAGCACCCACACCGAGAGAGCUGGAUCAAUGUGACCCUGCACACAGUGCUGCAGUCUGGAGUCCAGCAGCAACAUGUCAUGUGGACUCCUGACACAGACAGGCAGCUGGUGAGGCAGAAGGCUCCGGGGUUCCAGCAGACCUCCACUGUCAAAAAGAGUGUGAAGAUACUUCAGGAGGAAGGCAUAGUCAGACUGAACCUGAGGUACAACCAAGCCAGCGCUCAGGAAAUCAGGGACUCCAGAGAAGGGAACGUGAGCCUCACCCUGUUCACAGUGAGCGAGCCGUGGCUGUACUCAGUGCUGUGGUGCAGUGGAGUUCAGUCUGUCACCUCAGACGCGCCUCACAUCCUCAGGAAGCUGCUUUAUCCCAUCUGGAUCAUGCCUCCAGACGAAUACAAGCUGCUCUGGAUCACAGCGGAUGUCAUUUCUUUUAUUGUAAUAAUAGGAGUUUUUGUGCUGCAGAAAUGGCGUCUGGGAAGCAUAAGGAGCUACAAUCCUGAGCAGAUCAUGCUGAGCGCUGCAGUGCGCAGGUCAAGCCGAGAAGUGAACAUCAUGAAGGAGAAGCUCAUCUUUUCAGAAGUGAAUAACGGUCUUGGCAGUGCAGAGGAGCUGUCCCUGUACUCUGCGAAUGGGUAUGAAGGCUACACUAACGAAGCAAUCACACCCAGAGACCAGCAGCACAAUGCCAGGAUGCAAACCAACUACGCACAGAAAACCCUUUAAACUGCACCCUGCACCCUGCCGGACCACGAACCAAUGGGACUGUGUUUCUUUCCAUAGACUACUGCCUCUUCUCACACGUCCUUGUCGAUUGACAGGUUGAUGCUGUUGCUGGUUUUGUUGAAGAUGUGUUUUGUAACAGGAAAGUCAGACAGCGUCCUUGUAGUUUGGGUUUGUUGAACCUGCAGUGAUCGACGGAAACACGGACUGUGAAAAGAUGUGCUGGCAGCAUCAAAACACAUGAUGUGGGAGAGGGGGGUUCUGGUGGGUGUGGGAGAGGGGGGUUCUGGUGGAUGUGGGAGAGGGGGGUUCUGGUGGGUGUGGGAGAGGGGGGUUCUGGUGGGUGUUGUUGUCAAAUGAUUGACUUACUUUUUUUAUGUUUUGGUUUGACAAUAAAGAUAGUUUAUUCAGAAGAUAUAGAAUAUACUGUAGUAGCCAAGUAGCCUUUUAGACCCUGUCCUCACUACAUACCGACCUGCAGAACCACACUCAAAACCGCUCUCAUUAAUCCAGCUCAAAGCGUCCACACUGAACUGAACCCUUUCAUGUUUAGUCCAGUGUAAUGCUUCCACACACUAUUAGAAUAGUUUGUUUACAGUUCCUAGCAGCGCAAUGAACAGUGGAAAAGAGUAUGACAGUAUCCCAUCAUGCACUGUAUUUGAUUUUAAAAUAAUGUGUUAUGCUUCAUAUUAAUAGAGGUUUAUAUUGCUAAAAAGAAAUAAAACAACUGAAUGCGAACACUGACGCACACAGGCACGCACAGGCAUGCUCGCACACACAGGCACGCACGCACGCACACAGGCACACACACAGCUUGAAAUUUUGGGGUUUUAUGUUUAAUCAGGUGACAUCCCUUUAAAACAAACUGAACUGAUUCUGUUUUCAUAAACUCAGGAAAAAAGCUGUAAAUUACAAUCCAAUCCUUGUUUUUACCUUCACAUCUUGCCCAGCCUAGUUCUUGUCCCCUUAAUAUUAUUUCAAACAGAGCUGACCAAUGCCGUGACCCGCUCGCCCGACCCUGUUCUCACUCUCAGUUCAUGUUUCCUCGAAUGUAUCCUCGUGCUUUUGUUAUUUUCCUCACUAGUUUAACAGACAUGUCCUGUCCUGAAUGCAUAACAAAGCAUUCUGGGAUAUUGGAGGAUACACAAAAAAUGUAGUUGGGUAUUCCAGCCCCCCCACUUGUGACAAACCGCCCUGCUGAUGUGAUCUAAUUAGAUGUGGACUCGAGACGAGCCGAGGGGUCUGGAGUCCGGUUCUCAGUGUGGACGCUAACCCGUUUAGCACUUUUAACCCAGUUUAAAGGCAUAGUGUGGACAGGGCUUUAGUUAUUUAUGUGUGUAGAUAUGGACAUAUGUACGUGUAUAUUUAUUGUGAAUUUAGUUAGAAAACGUGGACUCAAUAGGGGAUGUGGCACAUGAUUGUAGUGAUCCCCACAAGGAGUUGAAUGCAUGUUGUUUUACACAGUACGGAGGGGAGAGGGAGAGGUAACACUAUAAUGAAACUUCAGGAUCGCUACACUGUACAUCCCAGUGUGUUCCCAGUCACCCAGCUGUGUUUGAAAUGUGAACGUGGGUUUGAUUCUUUAUUUCCAGGAGUGGAUCCGCAGGAAUAUGUAUUCUUCAUGAAGUGAAAGUGUUGAGCUGUCCCAUUCAUAACUGUGUACUGAACCACGGGCCAGGACAAUCCGACAGCACGGGUCUGUCUGUGAGGAGCUGUCCCAUUCAUAACUGUGUACUGAACCACGGGCCAGGACAAUCCGACAGCACGGGUCUGUCUGUGAGGAGCUGUCCCAUUCAUAACUGUGUACUGAACCACGGGCCGGGGUCAGUCUGCCAGGAUUUCAAGCCAUCGAUACGGUUCAAAGGGUUAAAUUAACAUCAAACAAGACAAUCCAGUUUCUGAAACAUGUCUGUGAUCUGCUGUCUGAACGGGUUCAAUUUGGAAACCAAACAGAGAGAGAGGCGCUCUGAAUUAAAGGACAGGUUUAUAUGGAGUGGACUGGGUGGAAUGUUAGACCUCAUGUUAUGUACCUUUGUAUAUCUGAGCAAAAAGAAUUACAGUCAGCAGGUAUCUGCCACUUACAGAAUGACUGGCUGUUUCCUCCAAUUACAUGUUUUGUUCUGUUUUUUUGGGACACUCUUGUUUCUUUUGUAUUUGUAUGCUUUUUUGUGAUACCAAUGUGUGCAAUAAAUUAUUUUCCAAGUUGAA